AUGGAGUUGGCCAAUGAGACUACAAUCCAAGAAUUCAUUUUGCUGGGAUUUGGAGUGGACCAGCAAAAGCAAUUCCUAUUACUUAUCUUGUUCUGCAUUCUCUAUGUGCUCACUCUGGCUGAGAACAUCACCAUUAUCAUACUGGUAUACCUGGAUGCUCAUUUGUCCCAGCUUCCUAUGUACAUUCUGCUGAGCAAUUUCUCCUGGCUGGAAAUGUGUUAUGUGAGUGCUACUAUACCCUGUAUGCUGUUUGACCUGGCAUCCCCUGAUGGGAUCAUCUCCUUCCAUACCUGCCUCCUGCAGUUCUACAUCUUAUUUUCUCUUGGCAACACUGAAUUCUUCUUUCUCUCAGCCAUGGCCUUGGAUCGUUAUUUAGCCAUCUGCCACCCACUAUACUACUCAAAUAUCAUGUCUCCAAAUUAUUGUUAUGCUCUAGUGGCCAGUUGUUGGAGUCUUGGUUUCCUGGGAUAUAUACUGCCAGUGAUUAUGAUCUCCAAAUUAUCUUUCUGUGGACCUAAUAUUAUUGAUCAUUUUCUAUGUGAUCCUAUGCCAAUUCUGUCCUUGGCUUGUCCUCCCCUUGGAAAUGUUCCCCUGAUUUGCCAAAUUGCCAUGCAUACUUUUUUCUUAGGCAAUGUCUCCUUUGUUGUUUACUCAUAUAGCACUGUGGUUGUCACUUUGAUGAAAUCCUCCAAACAAGGCAGUUGCAAAAAAAGUUUUUCUACCAUCUCUAUGCAUCUCUUGGUGGUGAUACUUUUCUAUGGCACUGUAGGAGCUAUGUAUGUAAUUCCAGGGAGAGAAAACCACUCCAAAAUUAACAAGUUAAUAACUGUCUUCUAUGCUGCUGUUACACCUUUCCUCAACCCCAUGAUUUACUGUCUGAGGAAUGAUCAGGUGAAAGAGGCACUGGGAAAGCUGCUCAGAAGAAUGAUGAGAUUGUUGAUGACAAAGAUUACAGAAUAA